GUGGGUACCCCACCUACCUACACACACAUCUUUGAAAAGUCGAAGUCAAGUCAGUUGUUGAAAAGUUAAUUUAUAAAAAAAGUAAUUCAUUACGUACUUUGUUGCGGUUCUGUUUAUUUACAUAAUGUCUGAAGAUAAUAUUAUAAGCGUAAAAUGCCGAUUGUUAGAAUUAUUUUCUACAUUAGAUAAUGAAGAAGUAGCUCACGUUGAAAAGUGGAUUUGUAGUCAUGCAUUUAAGAAAGACUUAGAAAUUAAGAAAUCACUGACAAAUUCAGAAAAAAGUUUAGUAAAGAUUGGAAAAACCAUAAAAAAGCUAAUUCCUUUCAAUGCCGAGCUUCCUUCAGAAACCAUAGCACCACCAACUGUUGGAGACCAAGCAGAUGUGACAAAAGAGAGUUCAUGCCAUAUAGAUGAGUUCCUGUAUGACGAUAAUGAAGUAGAGGAUCUAACUAAACAAGGGAAACUUAAACGCUUUUAUUGUUUGGAUUGUAAUUCUAGGAAUAUUAAGGAACUCACACUACUGUCACACUCAACCUCUAGGCGAGCACUGCAGUGUAUAUUUAAGUUUCUUCUACCAAAAGAUAUAGAGGAUAAACAAAUAUUAGAUGUGGGUUCAAGAUUAGGAGCAGUUUUAUAUGGUGCAUACUACUUAUCAAAUGUUGGCAGUAUUGUUGGUGUGGAAAUGAAUAAGGAAUGCUGUGAGCUUCAAGAAAGAAUAAUUGGGCAAUAUUCAAUGGAUGCUGAUAGAAUUAAAGUGAUCCAUUCUGAUAUACUUGACCGAAGUGACAUAGUCCAUAAUUCUGACAUAAUUGUAGUCAAUACAUUGGACCACUUCUUAGAUGCCGACAAACAUAAACAAAUAUGGUAUUUCUUCAAGAAACAUAUCAAAAAGGGAAGUUAUUUAAUCACAAGCAGAAGUAUGGCAGAUACACUGUCCGGUCUAGAAAUUUUUGAUGAACUAAUUAGUUGGAUAACAAUCUGUAGGCCAAAUCAGAUGGAGAAUGAAGUGUUUUUUGCUCCUGAAGAUUGUGAUGAAAUAUUUUUGUACACAGUGAAUUAAAGACUAUUUAACAGUAAUUUA